ACUCAAAGUUAUAACUUACUCCAAAAAUGAUUCGCUCCAUUCUGUUAUUAACUGCUAUAUUAAUAAUAAGCAGCAAGGCAACACCGAUCGAACGUAACACACUCCGUUUUUUGGGAUUUCCCGACGAAGCGGAAAAUUACGAAACAAAACAACAGAGUUACGGAAGUUUUCAAAAAAACUUUAACGAUUUCAGGCGGUUUUCUCGUAAACCGCCUGUGACUAUGGACGAAGCAUUGGGAUUUAAUAAUGGUAGUUAUCAGAACACAGAAGGAACCGUGAAAAUUUCACCAACGAAGUCGGAUAGUAAAAAGCCUACCAUUAUUGAUGAAUUUUUUUCUGGAAAGCAGAGUAAAAGAUCAAUGAAACUUCAGGAGUUAUACGAAAAAUUUAUUGAACUCGGCAUGAAGUACGUGGAAAUCAUGCUUAUAUUUGAACCUCAUCAGCCUAAGGAAAAAGCGUUUUAGAUAUUAAAAAGCUUACUAACUUAAUUAACAAUUAUAAAUGAUCUUUGGCCUGAAAUUAUGCAGCUGCUUAGAAAAUGUUCUAACUAUUUAUAACAAUGUAUCAAGUAUAUACAAUAAUCUUUUUAACAUAAAAAUGGAACCGACUUCAAACACGUAUUUUAGUUAUUGUGAUUUUAACGCAAGAUUACUCAACCGAUUUUCAUGAUUUUUUUAAAUGGAACCAAUCUGGAAGUAUACUCUUUCAAACAAAAAAGGAAUUUUCAAAAUUGCACGACUUCUAGAUUAUGGUGUUACAUCUACUAUACAUUGUGACCUAUAUACCAAAUGGAACAUUAAAAUGAAUAUACUAUUUAUUGGAUUAAUAAAUUAACUACAUAUUUAGAUAUUAGGAUUUAUUGUAUUAUAAACAAAAUAAAACCUAUAUUGAAAUAAAA